UUUAAAUUUCCUCAACAUCAACAAUGCGGCGUGAUAAAAUAUUCCUUAUUUCGAUUUCGUUCAACUGAUUUUUUCAAUAUUAUGAGUGAAAUCUGAAAUGAUUUUGAUGAUUUUGAAAUGUGCGGUUGUAACGAUUUAAUCCAGCUCAUAAUAAUUUCAUAACAUUUAAUAAUUUUCAAUUUUAUCGAAAUGGAUUUGAUAUCGGAUCAAGGUCUCAGAGCUGACGGUAGGAAACCUCACGAAUUGAGAAAAAUUCGAUGUAAAUUGGGUGUUUUCAGUCAACCAGAAGGUAGCGCGUAUUUAGAACAAGGGAAUACGAAAGUGCUCGCAGCAGUCUACGGUCCUCACCAGAUUCGAGGAAGCCGUUCCAAAGGUUCGCACGAAUCAGCGAUAGUGAAUUGUCAAUACAGCAUGGCAACAUUUAGUACUGGUGAAAGAAAAAAAAGACCGCGCGGUGAUAUAAAAUCAACUGAGAUGACUCUUCAUUUGAAACAAGCAUUACAAGCUAGUAUUAAAACCGAACUGUAUCCUUUUUCUCAGAUCGACAUUUUCUUGGAAGUAUUACAAGCAGAUGGAAGUAAUUACUGUACGUGUGUAAACGCUGCUACUUUGGCUUUAAUUGAUGCCGGAAUUCCGUUAAAAGAAUAUGUAAUAGCUUGCAGUUCAAGUUUAGGAAAUGGUGAUGUUCCUUUGAUCGAUGUCAGCCAUUUAGAAGAAACAAUGGGAGGAUCUAAUUUAACGAUAGCUGCACUUCCUUUAUCUGGCCAAAUUACUGUUCUUGAAAUGUCUCAAAAAUUCCACAUCGAUCAUCUUCCUAAAGUUUUGAAUGAAGCAAUGAAUGGGUGUCAACAAAUUUAUAAAAUUUUAGAUGAUGCUAUCAAAACUCAUUUAACAGAUGUAGGAACCGUUUCCGGUUGGGGAAAAUUGGAGUUUUAAUCGUUUUCAAGUCCUUCCCUCCUCCGUGAUGAUUUUUAAAAUUUUUCUCCAUGUUCCUGGUGAAAAUUAUGCAAGUAAUUUUUGUAUCGAUUUUGUUAUGUACGUUGUAUUAUAUUUAUGAUUUCUCGAAUUUUUCAAUAAAGCCUUUGUCGAUCAUUAA